AUGCCGCCGGGGGGGCUUCAAGGUAGUGUUGUCACUGGCACCGGCUUGCAUUUAGCACCGCAAGGAGUUUGGAAGAAGAUCUUGCGGCCAGCGCCGCAUAAGGACCUAAGGGCCUUUGGAUCAUCUCUAAAUCCCCAAGGUCUUGGCACUCUUGAAGCUCCGCCCGAGGAGGCCAGUGCUCUCAAACCUCCAGAAGUGAGGGCCCCACGCACCUGUCGAGAAACUUCGCAGCGCAGGGGUAGAGGGGCAGGCUCCGAAAAGCGGCAGAGCAGCCAAGAUGUGCCUACCACAAGGCAGCAUGACCGUGAACCGAAAUCAGAGGAGGGACUUGCAAGAAGCAUCGCUCCAAGCUGGUUUGGAAGUUUGGCAAACUCCAGUCGAAACACGCCUGGAGAAAUCACCUUGUUAGCUUCUGUCUUUGCUGAAAGGCCGCCAGUGGUCUUCUUUGACUAUGAUCCGCUUUCUAAAGCUGCUCCACGGGACUGCAGCAGGCUUCUUGGUGAAGAAGAAGUGCAAGCAUUGGGCAUUUCUUCUUUGCCGCAGAUGUUCUUCUGCUUGCAGACGACCCGGGAUGUCCACGAGUACAACGCGGUUGUCAACACCUUCAGGACCGCGGGCUUUGAACGAGUUAGCGUUGGGUCUCCGAAGUUCUCCAUCUAUUGGGGACCACAUCCUGCACCAGAGAUGCUCCGUGGCUUCAAUCCCUACCAGAAAGCGAACCAUUUCCCUGGCUCCUGGCAGUUGGGUCGAAAGGACCUUCUGGGCAAAAACAUCUACAGGAUGAAGCGUCAAUUUCCAAAGGAUUACAACAUCCUGCCAGCUGGCUUUACUUUGCCGGAGGAAAGCACGGCCUGGUCACAAGCCAGAGAGAAGAAUCCAAGCUCUUUGUGGAUUUGGAAGCCUAUCAACUUGAGCUGUGGCAAGGGUAUCCGUCUCUUCAGCAGUUCUAUACCCCCUGGAGUCGAGAAGAAAAUCACGCAGAGGGCUGGUAUCGUGCAACGGUACGUCGAUCGACCGCUGCUGAUCAACGGCUUCAAGUUCGAUCUCCGCCUUUAUGUGGUGGUGACCUCCUUCGAUCCCUUGAAGGUAUACAUUUAUCAAGAGGGCUUGGUGCGCCUCGCCACGCAAAAGUAUCAGUGCUCCGCAGACAGUUUAGAGGAACGAACGAUGCACUUGACGAACUACUCCAUCAACAAGCAUGCUGCGAGCUACAAGCAAAACCUGGACAAGAAGGAAGAUGACACGAAAUCCAAGGUUGAAGCAGCAGAAGCAGAUGCCCUUGAGGGUGAAAGUGAUGAGGCUAUCAGUGACCUGGGCGAUGACGCUAAUGAGGAGGUUGGGAAGAUUUCACUCGCUUUCAGUGAAUUGCUCCAUGCUAAGGUAAUUGGGAUUCGGUGUUACACUGAGCUGCCCCUUACUGCUAUAAGCAGGAAUGCACAUGCACCCUCAUACAGUCCAGGUGUUUGUUCGUGCUCUUUUUUUGCUUCCUCUUAA